CGUACUUCGUACCUAGUACAUCAAUCGCAUUGAUUUCUUCAACACUCGAAUCAAUCCGACCAUCCAUGAAUUAAUCUCCUAAAAGCGACAGCUAGCUUUCAUCAUGGAUAGCGCGACUUCAGAAGCGACGCCGGAACCUCAGAUCGUGCCACAGGUAGUCUUCCGAGGAAAGAAGAGAAAGACGUACAGGCAACGACCCGAACCGAUUAGCGAUGCAACCACCAUCAACAACAUCAACGAAGACGCAACGAAUCCCGCAGAAACGCCGCGAUCAGCGACCGCAUCAGAAAAACAAGCCGAAACCACCACCGCGACAGAAGAAGAGGGGGAAAAUGGGCUACUAGUAAGCGAGGUCCUGCGCCUCCGCAAUGCGCGAAAGGCACGGCUAGGCGGCGUCAAGUUCGGCGGCCAUCCCGAUGCGCGCGCGACAAGUGGUGGUGGUGCUGACGAUAUGCUCGACGACCUGAGCCUGAUGAUCCGCGAGGAGGAGGGCAAGGCGAUGGACGUCGCGGCCGGCGUGCAGAAGCGGUUCGCGCCGCAGACGGGACUGUCUGCCGAGAUUGUCAAUAAGCACAUGGAGGAAUACAUAGAAUCCGAAUUGGCCAGGCGACACCACGCAGUCGCUUCCUCGUCUUCCAGCGUCCCUACCCUACGAGGAUCAACCUUAACCGCACCGUCUGCGUCUAGCCAACAAGUCAAAGAGACAAACGAUAACACCACAACAUCAACAACAACAACAACAACAACAACACCCAGACCCGAACACCCGCACCGCGCGCUGCAAGGCCAGCUCAUGGAAAUCGACCUCGGCGAUGAAGCGCGCAGCCGCAACGAGGCGCUAACCGAGCGCGCCACGCGCCGCUUCCUCCACGGCGAAACAGCCGCUGCCGACGACGAAGACGGCGACGCGAGUAGUGGUGCUGGCGGACGCCCGCGGAAGGUGCGGUUAGGCCGCGAUGGCAAACCCUGGCGACCGAGGAAUCGCAGGACGAGCGAUGAUGUGCGCAGGGACCAGUUGGUCGAGGAGAUUUUGAGGGAGAAUCGAUUAGACGUCUACGAAACCCCCACACCCCCCGCGACCGCGACCCCCGGUGCCGAGGGCGCCGAAGCGGCAGACGACCGGAUUGCGGAGGAGUUCCGCCGCGAGUUCAUGGACGCGCAGGCCGAGCGCCAGCAGAAGCGCAAGAAGCCGGCUAAUGCGCCUCCUGGCGGCGGUGCGGCUGGAGCGGGUGGAGGGAAGGGCCAGAAGGACGAGGAUGUGCUGAAGGGACCGAAGCUUGGGGGGAGUCGCAAUGUUCGCGCUGCUAUGCGGAAUUUGUUGCUUGAGAAGGCGAAGGAGGCGAAGAGGCCGGGGAGGUGAGCG